ACUUUCACUCGCAGCUCGCAGCUUACAACGCAUCCACAUCUGUUUUCAUGGCAGAUUCUGAAGAUGAUGCCCCCGACGAAUUCCAAGACCUCUUCUCUUCUCCUGACAGGGACUUUUUAAUCAACAACAAUGGCGAUCAGGUUAAAGUAGACACCUUGAAGCAGAAGAAACUCGGUUUGUAUUUUUCAGCAUCGUGGUGUCCUCCAUGCCAAAGAUUCACCCCUGCUUUGGUGGAGGUGUACAAUGAACUCGCCCCCAAAGGUGACUUCGAAGUAGUGUUUAUCUCUGCUGAUGAAAAUGAUGCCACUUUUAUGGAGUACUUCUCUCAGAUGCCAUGGCUUGCUAUUCCGUUUUCCGAUUCGGAGGCACGCAACCGCCUUGAUGAACUCUUCGAGGUGGAAGGGAUUCCUAAUCUUGUGUUACUUGAUGAAACUGGAGAGGUUGUUACUGAUAGCGGAGUUGAUGUUAUUCGUGAAUAUGGAGUUGAAGGCUACCCUUUUACAUUAGCAAAGAUUCAAGAAUUGAAGGAUCUUGAAGAGGAAGCUAAGAGGAACCAAUCCUUGAAAUCUCUCUUGCUAUCUCCUUCUCGUGACUUUGUCAUUUCUUCCCAUGGAAAUAAAAUAGCUGUUUCUGAACUCGAGGGCAAGAUGGUUGGGCUUUAUUUCUCAUCGAGUUCAUACGAAAGAUGCUCUGAAUUUACUUCCCGCCUUGUGGAGUUUUAUGACAAGUUAAAGGCAGAUGGGGAGAGCUUUGAGAUUGUGAUGAUACCUCUUGAUGAGGAAGAAGAAUCCUUUAAGAAAGGAUUGGAAAGUAUGCCUUGGUUGUCAUUGCCUUUUGAGGACAAGAACUGUGGAAAGUUGAUAAGAUACUUUGAGGUCUUAACUCUCCCCCGUUUGGUUAUUAUUGAUGAAAAUGGGAAAACUCUUCAUUCUAAUGUUGUUGAGGCUGUUGAGGAACACGGAGCUAUUGCAUACCCUUUCUCCCCUGAAAAGUUUGCUGAGCUAAGUGAGAUCGAGAAGGCCAAGGCUGCAUCACAGACCCUCGAGUCCUUGUUGGUCUCUGGAGAUCAAGAUUUUGUCAUUCGAAAAGAUGGUACCAAGGUUCUAGUGUCAGAAUUAGUGGGAAAGAACAUCCUCCUCUACUUUUCAGGAGGGUGGUGUGCUGCAUGCCAUGUAUUCCAUCCAAAACUAAUAGAAGCAUAUCAUGAGAUUAAGGAAAAGGAGGAGGAAUUCGAAGUGAUUUUCAUCUCAAGCGACCACGACCAAGCAUCAUUUGACGAAUCCUUUGCAGUGAUGCCAUGGCUGGCUAUCCCUUAUGGGGAUCCAAGGAAGUCAUACCUCACCCGGAAGUUCAGGGUGUAUGAAGUCCCCAUGCUUGUUGCAAUUGGACCAAACGGGCAAACCAUCACAAAAGACGCGAGAUUUCUGAUAAACUAUCAUGGGGCACGGACUUAUCCUUUCACGGAGGAGAGGAUCAAAGAGGUUCAGGAAGAAGAGGAUGAGGCUGCAAAGGGGUGGCCGGAGAAGCUGGACCAUGAGAAACACAAGCAUGAGAUUUCAUUGACCGUCCGUAUGAUUUAUUAUUGUGAUGUUUGUGAUGAUGAGGGGCGUAAAUGGUCUUAUUGCUGUGAAAAGUGUGACUUUGAUAUGCAUCCAAAAUGUGCAUUAAUGGCUGACUAGUAAUUAAGGAAUUGAAUUAGCCAAGAUCAAUCGGAUAGCACUGAAGAACCCUCCUACUGCAUGCAGCAAAUAUAUAUAUAGUGAUUCAGUGAUUCAUGUGCAUGCAUCUCAUGCAUAUAUGCCAUUUUUUGGAGAUUUGAUUGCUAAUCUUGAAUACAUGUUC